AGCAGGUGGAGGAGGAAGAUUCAGCUGGCCUCAGAGCAGGAGAAGACGCCCACAGGAUGCAGAGUUGAAGGAGUGGGGAAUUGCGGGAGAGAGUGCCGUGCCGGCACUUCAGAAGAUCCUCCUGCAAAGAGGCUGCGGACCCCCCGAGAGGCUUGCACACGAUUCCAUAAUCUUUGCUGGCAGUAGCUGAAGCCAGAAAGAAACAUAAAAGCUCAGAUCCUGGACCUGGUGAUCCUGGACCAGUUCCUGGCCGUCCUUCCGCAGGAGCUGGAGAGCUGGGUGCGGGAAUGUGGAGCGGAGAGCAGUUCCCAGGCGGUGGCCCUGGCCAAAGGCUUCCUCCUGAGUCAGGCGGAGGAGAAGAGGCUGGAAGAGCAGAAGGAUAAAGGCUUCUCUCUGGAGGCUCUGUCUUAUUUUCCUGAGAUGCAGAAGGCUCCCUUGGACAACAUGCAGGGUCCCUUGCAAGGGGGGAACCAGGAGGAAAUGGACAGAAGUGCCACCUUGCAGGGAGUCGGAACAAGGCUGGCCACGCAUGCAGAAUCGUCCCUUCUUCUUGAUGAUGGAGUGAAAGGAGAAGAGAGUCCGGUGACCUUUGAGGAAGUGGCGGUGGAUUUCACCCAGGAGGAGUGGGCGCUGCUGGAUCCAGACCAGAGGGCUUUGCACAAGGAAGUCAUGGAGGAGAACUGGGGGAUGGUGGCUUCUCUUGCAGGUAACGAGAGGGGAAGAAAGGUAUGUGUGAAGUGUGGGAAUUUAUUUACACACAACUGCGACCUUUCAGCGGAACAGCAAACUCAUGUGGCAGAAGAAAGCUUGACCACAGAAAGGCCUUUCAAAGGUAUCGUGUGUGGGAAAUGUUGUGCCUUAAAGGUGGUCUUUAUACCUCAGAAGAGUGUCUGCACUGCAAAGAAAUACUUUACAAGUGAACCGUCUGGGAAAUUUCUUGGUUGCAAUUUCCAGCUUGCAAGCCAGCAGAGAGGCUCUGCAGCGGGGGCCUCACACAAAGGUUUUGGGAAACAUUUCACCAAGAAUUCGAACCUCUGGAUCCACCAGAGAGUCCGAACAGGAGAGAAACUAUACCGGUGCCAAGAGUGUGGGAAAUAUUUUACUCAAAAGUUGCACCUUACAAGGCAUCAGAAAAUCCAUACAGGGGGAAAACCGUACCAAUGCCAGGAGUGUAGGAAAUGUUUUUCUUACAGGUCGCACCUUGUCAUUCAUCUGAGACUCCACUCGGGCGAGAAAUUGUGCAGAUGUGACGAUUUAGGGUUAUGUUUACUUCAUAAGUCAGAUCAUACAAGGAAUCAGAGAGUGGACACUGGAAAGAAACCAUACGAAUGUCCGGAGUGUGGGAAACGUUUUGUUAGGAAUUCACAGCUCCUUUCCCAUAAAACAGUACACACAGGGGAGAAACCAUACAAAUGCCAGGAGUGUUGGAAGUCUUUUGCUCAGAAAUCAGACCUUAUGAGGCACCAGAGAGUCCACACAGGAGAGAAACCAUACAGAUGCCAGGAAUGCGGGAACUAUUUUGCCAGAAAUUCACAUCUCCUAUCCCAUAGAAGAGUCCAUACGGGGGAGAAGCCAUGGAGAUGCCAAGACUGUGGGAAGUGUUUCAGUCAAAGCUCAGACCUUAUCAGGCACUGGAGAGUCCAUACUGGAGAGAAACCUUACAAAUGCCAAGAGUGUGAGAAAUGUUUUUCUCAGAGUUCCAAGCUUCUUGUGCACCAGAGAGUCCACUCGGGAGAGAAACCCUACAAAUGCCAGGAGUGCGGGAAAUGUUUCACCCAGAGUUCCAAGCUUCUUGUGCACCAGAGAGUCCAUUCAAAACCAUACACAUGUCAGGAGUGUGGGAAAUGUUUUGCUGAUAAUUCACAGCUUGUUGUCCACCGGAGAGUCCACGCAGGAGAGAAGCCAUACAAAUGCCAGGAGUGCGGGAAAUGUUUCACCAGCACUUCAACUCUUCGGAGCCACCGGAGAGUCCACACAGGAGUCAAACGAUUUAAAUGUGAGGAGUGUGGGAAGUGUUACGCUCGCAAUACAAAUCUUGUGAAGCACUGGAAAGUCCAUGUAGGAGAAAAAAAAUAUCAAUGUGAGGAAUGUGGGAAACGUUUUGCCAGGAAUUUCUUUCUUCAGGUGCACCAGCGAGUGCACACAGGAGAGAAACCGUACAAAUGCCAGGAAUGUGGGAAAUGUUUUACUUACACUUCAACUCUUCUUGCACACCAGAGUGUCCACACAGGAGAAAAACCAUACAAAUGCCAGGAGUGUGGAAAAGCCUUUAAUCGCAGUUCACACCUUCUGACACACCAGAGAGUCCACACAGGAGAGAAACCAUACAAAUGCCAGGAAUGUGGGAAAUCUUUUAAUCGCAAUUCAAACCUCCUGACACACCGGAGAGUCCACACAGGAGAGAAACCAUUCAAAUGUGAAGAGUGUGGGAAAUGUUUUGCUCAUACUUUAAGUCCUCUGACACCCCAGAGAGUCUACACAGGAGAAAAACCACACAAAUGUCAAGAUUGUGAGAAAGGUUUAGGUGAGAUUUCACACCUUACGACACACGAAAAAGCCCACUCGGAAGAGAAACCAUACAAAUGCCAGAAGUGUGGGAAAUGUUUUGCUCAGAAUUCAGGCCUUUUUAAACAUCAGAGAGUUCACACUGGAGAGAAACCAUACAAAUGCAAAGAAUGUGGGAAAUGCUUUGCCCAGAGUUCUCACCUUCUUGGACACCAGAGAGUCCACACUGGAGAGAAACCAUACAAAUGCCAAGAGUGUGGAAAAUGUUUUGCUCACAAUGCAAACCUUCUGACUCACCAGAGAGUCCACACUGGAGAGAAGCCGUACAAGUGUCAGGAAUGUGGGAAAUGUUUUACUCAGAGUUCACACCUUCUCGGGCACCAGCGAGUCCACAUUGGAGAGAAAUCAUAUAAAUGCCAAGAGUAUGAGAAACAUUUUGCUCAGAAUUUACACCUUCAGGGACAGAAGAGAGAGGUCAUAUAAAUGCAAGGCAGGGAUUUUUUUAAUGGACACCUGAUAAUUCAAGUUAGAUAUCCUGUGGAAUAAGAGAGUCCACACAGGAAAGAAACCAAACAAAUGCCAGGGAUGUGUGAAAUAUUUCACUUCCAAUUUACAUCACAGAGUGUAGACUAGGAAAGCCUACACAGGAGAAUUAUUGCAUUUGUUGGUGAAGUCAUUCAUGAGAAAAUUAAUUCCACUCCACUUUCCUUUUAUACUAAGAUUUUCCUUUAAGACUAACUUUAACAGCAUUUAGACCCUUCCAGCUGUAAAGUUUAAAUCACACCAGUUGUUUUGUUAAUGGAGUUUUAAAGAAAUCAAGAUGGUGGUGACUUUUUUCCACUGUCACUUCAUGACAUAAUGAAAUUUUCCUAUUUUCUUAUUUUCCUCUUUCCUUACAUUGUAAAUCAUGGUAGAGGAUGGUGAAUAGCUGGUCAUAAUAAAGUUUGUCUCCUGACUUUUCCUGGCUAUUCUUAAUGAAAAAGCUAUUUCUGCUUUUGUUGUUUUGGCCUGAUAUAAUCAGCAAGCAUGGUUUCAUUCAUGGAAGUAGACAACUAAAAGGAAGUUGAA